CGCCAUGGCGCAGCCCGACGAGCCGCAUCCCCCGGUCGUUCCCUCCUGCCCGCUGCCCAGCAAGAUCUGCGAUGUGGUCCCCAGCGAGAGGCCGCGCUCCUGCUGCGGCAUGGCCAUGGCCGGCUUCCGCACCGCCAAAUACCAGCUGCCCGAGUGGCACCGCCGCAACAUGGGCGUCUGCUACGAGGCGCUGACGGCGGGCGAGCAGGCGGAGCGCGGCCGCGACGAGGCCAAGCACCUGGUGAAGCGAGCGGCCGCCAGCGCGCAGCGAGCCCAGGGACACUCCAAGGCCACCCUGGGCCAGCGGCUGCAGGACAUCCACUUCUGGAGGGUGGAGCUGCAGAAGGAGAUCAUGGAGCUGGACGCCGAGACCAACCUGCUGGCGGCCCAGAAGCUGCGGCUGGAGCGGGCGCUCGAUGCCACCGAGGUGCCCUACUCGGUUGUCAUCGAUAACCUGGAGUGCCGGGAGCGGCGGCAGCCCCCGGACCUGGUGAUCGAUGAGGUGGAGAGGCAGCUGCUGAAGGAAGCGGAUCUGAUCCGGGAUAUCCGAGAUCUCCUGAAAAGAACCAUCAUCCAAGCUACCACCCAGAUAAGAUCCAACCGGAUCCAGAAGGAGAACUGCGAGCUGGACUGGUCGGAUAAGGUGGAGACGUAUCACAUCGACGACAAAUGCGUCGGCUACUGCACCGACAGCACCAACGUCCAGUUCCACCCCAGCUCCGUCAAGUUCGAGGAGAACGCCUCCACACCGAAGUCCUGGGCCCAGUUCAGCCACGACAACAUUUCCAGGGCGGAACAGGAAAAACUGGCGUCGGUGCAGCUGCGAUCCCUGAUCAACAACAUCAUCCACGACGCGUCCGAGGACCUGCGCAUGCAGCGCGCCGCGGUCAGCGAGGCCUUCGACAGCCACUGCAGGGAGCUGGAUGAUGCCAAACUGCGCCUGGAGCAGCACCUGCAGCAGGUCCGGGGCAUUUCGUGGCAUUCUGGCGUCGUUAAACCGAAAAAGGAUGGUUUCAUCCACGAAACGCCUUAA